AUGGGUAAGUUGCUCGUAAAACUGCAGCAACGAUCGAAAAGACGGAAUGGUACGAACGAAGGAACAGCGAGUAAAAAUGGUGGUGGAGCUGUUGGGGAAGCGUGUGCAAGGAGUAUGCGUAGGGGAGGAAUUGAGGAACGUGCUACCAGCGAGAGACGAAGUAGCAAGGAGGGUGGUGAACAAGGCAUGGACGAGGCGGUACUUGGUAGAAUAAACAUUAAAUACUGUGAUAGCAAAAAUAAAGUAAUAAUUGCACCGGAACAAGCACAAAAUGAAAAGAUUGACAGUGAGGCAGGGCGUAUCGCUAGAAAACAUAAAACUAAAAAUGAGAAGAAAUGCCUUCUGAAAAACAAAAAAAAUAGCGAUCAUAAGACCGGAGCAGGUAAUACGGGAGAAAGAAAUGAUGAGAAGACUGAUAAAACGUUGGAGAAGGGAGCAAUUAUGGAGUUAGAACGCGGCAGGGAUGAGAAAUUAGUAGUAAAUGAUGAGAAGACUGAUAAAACGUUGGAGAAGGGAGCAAUUAUGGGGUUAGAACGCGGCAGGGAUGAGAAAUUAGUAGUAAAUGAUGAGAAGACUGAUAAAACGUUGGAACAGGUGGAUAAAGAGAAAAAUAGACAUGAAAAGGGCCAAUUGAAGAAUAUCGUGCACACUGCGGAUGUGAAUCACGCCUCAUUCGAUGUAGAUGGAAAGGAGAGUGUUGCAACCGAUUUGAUGGACAGGAUAAGGAAGAGAACUGCCAAACGAGUGAGUUUAAGACCGGUGGCCAAGUUAAAGAUAGGGAUAGACGGGAGUUCUGCCGACGAGAAAAUAUUGACCGACGCAGAGCUGGUAGCGCUUGAGGAAAAGGUACAAGCAUAUUAUGAACAGUUAGACGAAGUGGACAUUUCAAAGUAUCAACGGCUGUGUGAUCAUUUCAUAGGAAGGCUCGAGAGACGCGAAUUGCUAAAGAACAGCAGCAUUGUUUUGAAGACGGGGCCCUUUAGCACCGAGGAGCAGAAAGUCCUCAAGCACAAGGUAAACGAAUAUUUACGGAGCAGGAACUUAACGAUUGCAUAUCUGCAGGAGCGGAUUUUAAAAGGUGGUGACAUCGGUUUUAUGAACGAUAUUUCGAAGUACGUGUGCUCAUUUCUGCCAUACAGAGAAUAUCACGUAGUGCACAUUGCCAUUUUGUACUAUUAUCACCCAAACGCAUGCGGAGAAUUUACAGAAGAGGAUGAUUUUGAGCUGAUGCAACUGCACAAGUUGAUUGGACCACGUUGGGAAGCGAUAUCCAAGGAAAUGCUGAGCACACGCUUUCGAGUCAAUCGCAGAUAUGUUGCGUUCCAGAACUUGAAGAAACAGAAGAGUUGUGAGGGCGAUUUGUACCGCGAGUACUUGAACACGAGGAAUAUUGAGAAAGUUGCUGAGAAGUACAACGUAAAGCGGUUUUUUGUGAGGAAGAGAAUUAAUGAAGAGAUUGCCAGGGUGUACAUGAACCAAUGGGACGAUUACCAUGAUUUUGCUAUGGCGGUGUUCGUGGCCAAAUACAACUAUUACUGCGGGAUAAAUGAUAUUGGAAAGAUCUUUGAUAUGCUGGAGAAGUGGGUGGUGGAAUAUAGCGUGGAUGAGGUUGGAGGAGCGGUAGAGGCAAAAACACUGGCCUCGUGCGAACGGGUGAUGAAUGCUGAGGGCAUAGCGAGACGGAAUGAGAGCGAGGCUGGUAAGGAGGCAGCAGGUAAAGAAUUGAUAAGCGAUGAGAGCAACAGUACCGAUAGAGUGAAACAGUGUUAUGAGAGAAUUGUGCAAAGGAACGAGGCAGUGAAAACCGAGAUUAGCCGCUUCCUCACCCGAGAUAUGGAUUUCAAUGUAGAAAUACAGGAGGAUGAUGUCUUUUGGGUGAGUGUGAGAAACGAGUUUAGGAGUAAAUUUCAAGGCGAUGUGGUAAACGUAGAACCAUCUAUCGUACGCUCAAAAUUUUGCAUACUUUGUAAGAAGAGCGGUAUCGUGUGUUACAAGGACCUGAUCGAGUACAUAGAGAUCAAGGCGGUGCAUCUUCUGUUUGAAAGGAUGAAGAACAAGUUUUAGUGUCGUAGCAAGGAACCUUUUGCAUUUACAUCGAUAGGAGGAUGAUCUGAGUGAAUAAAAAACGCGUUAUGUUGUUUGUACCAAAGUUAAGUUAAAUUGCAUUUUAAGAAUGUGCCGCAUCCAUUUUGAGUGGCAUAGCGGUAAUUCAGUGCUAAACUCGGAUCAAAUCGUUAAAUAAAGGCAGAUUUGGCCAACACAUUUUUUUUGUGCCAGCUUUACUACUUUAUUUCAG